CCCCAAACAACAAGAAGAACCCAAAAAACGAGAGAAAGUAGGAGAAGACGAAGACGAAGAAGAAGAAAAUGAAAUUGGUUUGGUCUCCGGAGGCUGCAUCUAAGGCUUACUUAGACACAGUUAAAUCGUGCGAGAAUCUUGAGACGCCGGACGCGGCGGAGCUAAUAGCGGCGAUGGCGGCAGGAUGGAACGCGAAGCUGAUCGUGGAAACUUGGUCAGACGGAGACGAAAUAGCCUCAAGUAUUGGCUUAAACGUCGCGAGCCAACACGCAAACGCGAAACACAUGUGUAUUGUACAAAACUCAAGAUCAGAAUCGGCUUAUCUCCAAGCCAUUCAAGAAUCUUCAUCUCCCUCGAGCUUACCAGAGACGAUCGUCGCUGAUGAAACCGAGAACGCGAUGAAGAAGAUACAGGGAAUCGAUUUCUUGGUCGUGGAUUGGCGGAACAAGGAAUUUGCAGCGGCUGCGUUGAGAAACGCUGCGUUUGGAAGAAGAGGAGCGGUUGUGGUUUGUAGAAAUGGGUAUUCGAGAAGUCCUUUGGGUUUUAGCUGGAGAAUGGCUUUAGGAGACCGGAAAGUUGUUAGAACGGUGACUCUGCCGGUCACCGGAGGUAUUGAGAUUGCUCAUGUGGCUGCUCGGAACUCGGGGAAGAGUGAGAACAGGAAGAGAAGAUGGAUCACACAUAUUGAUCAGAGAUCAGGAGAAGAACAUGUAUUUAGUAUUUAGAAAGUUAGAGACAAAGACAAUUGUGAGAAAUGUUUAUUUGGAUUCUUGUAUUUCACUUUGUACAUAAGAUUCCAUAGAUGUUAUAUUUGUAUCAUACUUUGUCUUAAAAUCUCUGCUAUAACUGAU